UUGGUAGCGGGGGGGGGCCGGGGGGACCCGCUGUGACGCCGGAGGGAAUGGUUACUUGUGCAGAAGUCUUUUUCACGCGGAAGCACGCCGCUCCCUAACUCCUGGCUAAGCAGCCUCCAGUUCUCCAACUUUGCUGCCAUAAAGCCCGUGCAACUCCUUGACAGGAUGGCAGACAAAAGAACAGCUGGUGCAAAGCAGUAGGGGAUUGCUGGCAAGGAGGAGGAAAGGAAACCGCAAAGCUUUUACCCGCGCCCCCGACACCUGACGGUUGUCAGAGCAGCAGCUGCGACGGGACGAGCCGGAGCCACCAUGCGCAGGUCCAGCACCGAUGAGUCCACCUACCACCGGAGCCCGUCCCUGGACAGCAAGGAUUACAGUUUCCCAAAUGGCGCUUUCCGUCGUUACAGCAGCAUGUAUGGCGGCCAGUUUGGGGCUGCCAGCAACUCUUUUUUUGGAUUCCACACCAACCCGGGCCCUAAGGCCACCAAGGCUAAGUACACGUCCCCCAAGGGAAACAAGUACGUUGUCUUUUACCUGGAUCUCUCAUUUAUUUUUCUCCUAGAACUGAAGAGGUGCAGCAUGGCUCACAACUGCCUGCAGUGUAUCAAGUACCUAAUGUUUGUCUUCAACCUUCUCUUCUGGCUGGGGGGCUGUGGAAUCCUUGGAGUGGGCAUCUGGCUGGCAGUUACUCAAGGGAACUUUGCUACCCUCUCUUCAUCUUUCCCAUCACUGUCAGCUGCCAAUCUGCUGAUUGUCACAGGAACUUUUGUCAUGAUCAUUGGCUUCGUGGGCUGCAUAGGUGCCAUCAAAGAAAACAAGUGCCUCCUGCUGAGUUUUUUUAUCAUGCUGUUAAUUAUAUUUCUGUUGGAGCUCACUGUUGUGAUUCUGUUCUUCGUCUACACAGACAAGAUUGACAAGUAUGCUCAGCGGGAUCUGAAGAAAGGGCUUCAUUUGUAUGGGACAGAUGGAAAUAUCGGCCUAACGAAUGCGUGGAGCAUCAUUCAAACAGAUUUCAGAUGUUGUGGAGUCUCAAACUACACCGACUGGUUUGAGGUGUACAACACAACCCGGGUGCCGGACUCCUGCUGCCUGGAAUUCAGCGAGAACUGUGGGCUCCAUUCCCCAGGGACCUGGUGGAAAGCGCCUUGCUACGAAACAGUGAAAAUAUGGCUCCAGGAGAACUUACUAGCAGUGGGGAUCUUUGGAUUGUGCACAGUUCUGGUGCAGAUUCUUGGACUCACCUUUGCAAUGACCAUGUAUUGUCAGGUAGUCAAAGCAGACACCUACUGUGCAUAGAUACCAUUCCCAGUCUUUUUGCUUCUCCUCCGAAGGACACAGGAGAAAACUCCUUCAUGCUCAUUCUUCUGACCUUUUUUCCCCCUCUUUGUACUAUAAACUGUGUAUAAUGCUAUCUUUCUGGAGAUUUUGUGAAUCACCCCAUUUUAUUGAAGGAGGAAGAAAAGAAAGAUUCAGUACUUGAACUGGCACAGGUAAGAAGCAGCCUUGUCUUUGAACAGAAGAAAACCUGCAAACAGCCAUGGCUCCUUUCCUGCAGCCUACGGCAAGGCAAAAGGAAGCUGCUGAUGAGGGGCACAUCUGCAAACCAGCGUUAGGAGAAUACUGUACUGACACCACCUCUGUGAAACCAGCCAGGUUGCCUUCCAGCAUUUCACAGUCUGGAAGAGAAGGUGUAGAAACUGCACAUUCUUCAGCAUGGAAAGAAGGUACAGAGUAGCUCGCGCUGAAUGCAGGUGUCAUUUUACUACGGUUUGCACACAGCUGAAAUGUCAAGAGCAAGCAGCCUUUGCUCCAAGUCUCUCAAGAUGAUUUUGUAGCCAGGAGAGGAUCAUCUUCAGAAAUACGUUCUUUUAAAGGAGUAUUUUUAAUUUCAUGUGCUGCGAAGUCAGGCUUUUAAUCUGAAUCUGUACAGUGAGAUCUGGCUGUUAAGGGAAAACAAUAUUGAACAGUUACUAAUUGCCAGUGGCAUAUAGGUGAUAGUUGACUGUAUAUGUAGUAUAUGUUAGAUUCAUAUACACACACUGUUCUGAAAGGAGGUGAAAAUAACCAGCAUCUAAUCUCAGAAAGUGGGAACCUUUCUAUCCCAUUUUACAUUCCAACUGAAAUAACCAGGAAGGAUUUCUUGUAGGAGGCACUAUCAGCUAUACCUUUGGGAAACAAGUAAUUACUUUCAGCUGUAUCUUCAUUUCAGUAAACAACUUGUGAGUGGGCUCCUCAGUCAUUCUACUAUGAUUUUAUUUUUUAUCAUCUCUGUUUCAAGUUAGUCUGCCAAAAAAUAUCACUCAUUUUCAUGCUUGAAGAUUUGUGCUAUGCUGUCAGCUGUUCCUUCCCCUGAAUGUCACCAUUUCAUUAAUUUUCUCUGGAAAUAUCAUCAGCUACAGGUAUGAUAGAGUUCUCCUUGCUAAGGAAAGAUCUUCGCACAUUGCUCAUUUUUCUAAGAGUUAUUAAGACUUCAGAUGUUUUUAUGCUUAGCAGGUUUUUUUCAGCUGUAUGCUUACAAUAGCCAAGGCACAUCAGUCUUGUUAGAAUUGAAGUCAUCUCACAUUUGUGCUUUUCAUACUCAUCUCCCUCCUCCUGGCUUCAAAGGCUGUUGGCUACAAUACGCCCACACUUUCUGGAAUUUGCAGAAAUCUAAGUCAUUGCUUUCCUUUUGCCAAGAAACAGCCACUGGUUGUCCCAUUCCCCACUCUGCUUGAGUAACUGAAGCAAUUUAUACAGGACCCUUGUAGAAUCUGAAGAAUUAAAUGCUUCCUGUUAUUCAAACAAUUCCCUGUCAGCACCCAGCUCCAGGUAAUGCCGAAGCAUCCUGGGGAAAGGAGAUAGCAGGGAAUAGGCUAUCACAGCAAGCCACCUGGCCUGCUCUGGGGGGAGCAGCCUUUUGAGGAUCUCUCAGCUACAGACGAGAGCCAACCACUGUGCCCUGUUUUCACAGAGAGCCCAGUGCAUCCACUUCUACUGGGCCAGACUAGGAGCAUGCAUCAAGCUCAGGCACACAGGUUAACAAGAUAACGGUGCUUACAACAGCAGGUCUCAGUCACAAGUGACAUUUUGCUUACCUUGAUUUAAGGCAAUUUCCAGCAGUAAAGUUGGCCUCGCCAACCUACAGUAUUGAACAUCUCCUUAGCUCUAGCAGUAACCCUUCUCUGGACCUGCAAAACCAAUGAGUCUAACUCUCAUUUAUGCCCCCUUUUAUGCAUCAGCCCCUGCAGCAUGGGGCAUUUAGCUGUGCAAAAUAAAGUGAAAGUAAUGCACUACUUGUGUAUGUAUUAUGUGGCUUCCCAAUCACAAGCUUUCAUAGCAGCCUCACCACCACUAAAGGCUUUUGUUACCAUGCCAGCAAGCCACAAAUGUUAACAGAGCACAACCUGUGACUGAAGUUAAACAGUGAGUAUCCCAGAGAGUACAGACAAUCUGUGCCUUGAGCAAGGCUUACUUGUGGAGUUGUAAUCACAAUGGGCUUGAUGCUCUCUGCUUCUUGAGCCCAGGCUGGCCUGUCAACAGUUGCACUCUUGGAGCAAUGGCAGAAGUUUUUUCCUUUCCUUUCUCUCUCCAUUUUUCUUAACUGCAGACAACGGUUGUAGCCUAGAUGUACCAUGUGUGAGUUUUUCCCAUGAUUCUUAGUUUGUACUCACUGUUUGCUUCUGCUGACAGCUCUGAGUUUCCAACACUGAAAAGCAGCAUAACAGAAUGAUGAACACAUUAAUAAAACAUUGAUUUUUUAAGAAAGAUAAAAGUAGACAAGUCUAUCUGUAGUGAUCCCAGCCAUUAAAAAUUAACAGAUUGACAGCAGGCCCGAUGGCUCAGCUGAUAAGAGCAAACCGUUGUGCAACAGAGCUUCUGCAGAACGCAACACUCAUCAGUUCGCCUGAUGGUGGUGUAGGGAGAAGACAUCACAGGCCUCAUCCUGUGAGCCUCCCAAUAAUGCAUGCUGAACUCUUAGAGCAGACUGCUAGGCAGACUUUCAGCUACACCUACAGAAAUAAAAACACGAAAUGAGAAACAGGGAAGACACAUUGCAUUUUCUGGUUCCCUCUAAUCAUGUGCCACACUUUAGGCAUCCUUAGAACAAGACAAACUGCCUCAGUUUUCAGAAACAUGUAUCUACAGACAGUAUGAACAGCAUUCACUUUGUAAAACCCAUUGCAACAGCAGCACCUACUGAAAAGAAAAACAACAAAACUCACUGCCAACAGAGGUGCUGGUGCAACUUAUCACUAGUUUGAACUGGACUGUUUUCUAUGUUUGAUGUUAUUGACUCUCUUCAUGCAGCCUAGCAGAUGUUAUGGUGCUUAAGGCAUUACCAGCACAAUUCAAUUUCAAACUUCAGAACAUACUGACUAUAACAUGCCUCAGCUUUAUCAUAUUUCUUUUCAAAAGCAUUACAUCCUUUUCCUCCUGAUAAGGUCAGACUGUUCUGUGUUGUGUAAUAGCAGCAAUUCUUUUUUCUAAAAAGCCAAACCAGAUUGUUCUGUAUUAUGUAGAAGAAAAUGUGUAAAACUUGACAUGGAAUUGGUUGAUUACAAUUACCUUGUAGUACAUAAUGCCCAGUGCUCAUAGUGCAUUUAUGCAGAGUAACACAGAAGUCAUUCCAGUUGCUUCCUUUUGUGUUUUUGUCACUUUCAUAGCAAGGUCUUUCAUAUUACUUUCACUUAUUUUUAAACAUGAAGGAGGACUCAAUACAUUUAAAGACAGAACAAAAGGCAACAAAGAGCACAAGGCAGAGAACUCCUGAUUUAAACUCCUUGCUCUUUCUGCUUAAUAACAAGAUGUGAAGGCAUGGGGUGCACAGCUGGACCUACUGAAUACAGCAAGACCAGGAUUUUAGCUUUUAGAGUCAGCCCAAAAUACUUCUGGCUUUUCAUCUUCACAGUUAUAAGAAAUAUAUAUAUAUAUAUAUUUAAGAAAACAUUUUUUAUUUUCCUGCACAGCAACUGUCAACAGCAGCCAAAUCGUAUUGCUUGUACCACAGAAUUAUUUAGCUCUAACAUAUUAUAAUGCACAAUCACUGAAAUUCACUCCAGUUUGCAUUCUAUGAGUAUUUCUUUACUCCUCCCCCUCAAAUUACAUCAACUUGUACAGGUUUAUUCUUCCAUUUAAUAAUUACCAUUGAAUGCAGCACUGUAUGUAUGAUUUGUAAAACCAAGAGGGAGAAACUGCACCGGAGUUGUACAAAUACAUUUUCCAGCAUCAGCAAUCUGGCUGCAGCGUGGAUCCACCCAACCCCCUCACUGCUCACAAGCUGAUUUCCAUUUACCCAUCAGAGCCCUUAGUGCAUGUGGCUUCAGGCUGCUUCUUCCCCCAUUCAUAGGCAGGACAGGAGUUUGUCAGCAUGGAAGAAGUUAAUGCCCUUCACUUACCACUCGGCUUCAUUGCUGUGCUAGAUAGAAAUGUGGCACUGAAGGUAAGCAGGAAAAAAAAAGAGAA